GCCAGUCAACCGCCGGCAGGAGAGGAGGAGCAGGGGCGCGUCACCGCCGGCCUCCGCCAUGGCUGCCAUAUUGGAUGGGAAGUGAGCCUCAUUCCUCCGCCCACUGAGCUUGGUGGCGCACGGACCGGGCCUGGAGAGUGGCGGCCGCGGCGGUUGGAGCUAGUUCACGGUGUUCUGCGCCUCACCCGCUCCUCUCCCGGCUAUUCUUCUUUGCCUGACACACGCCCCGGCCGUGAGGCGGAGGAGAAAGCGGACAAGAUGGCGGACCCGGCAGAGUGCAGCAUCAAAGUAAUGUGCCGCUUCAGGCCUCUGAACGACUCUGAGGUGAUCAGGGGCGACAAGUACGUGGCCAAGUUCCAGGGGGAGGACACGGUGGUCAUCACGUCCAAACCUUACAACUUUGACCGUGUGUUCCAGUCCAACACAAGCCAAGAACAAGUUUACAAUGCAUGUGCAAGAGCAAUUGUUAAAGAUGUACUUGAAGGCUACAAUGGUACAAUAUUUGCUUAUGGACAGACCUCUUCUGGAAAGACCCACACUAUGGAGGGGAAGUUGCAUGAUCCAGAUGGGAUGGGGAUCAUUCCCAGGAUAGUUCAGGAUAUAUUUAACUACAUUUACUCCAUGGAUGAGAACCUGGAGUUUCAUAUAAAGGUGUCAUAUUUUGAAAUCUAUUUGGACAAGAUAAGAGAUUUACUGGAUGUGUCAAAAAUAAAUCUUUCUGUCCAUGAAGACAAAAAUAGAGUGCCGUAUGUAAAGGGUUGUACUGAACGUUUUGUAUGUAGUCCUGAAGAAGUUAUGGAUACUAUAGAUGAAGGAAAAUCGAACAGACAUGUAGCAGUGACAAACAUGAAUGAACACAGUUCUAGAAGUCACAGCAUUUUUUUAAUAAAUGUCAAGCAAGAAAAUACCCAAACGGAGCAAAAGCUAAGUGGUAAACUUUACCUAGUGGACUUGGCAGGUAGUGAAAAGGUCAGCAAAACUGGAGCUGAAGGUGCGUUGUUGGAUGAAGCUAAGAACAUUAAUAAGUCCUUGUCAUCUCUUGGCAAUGUCAUCUCAGCCCUAGCAGAAGGCAAUGUCUAUAUUCCAUAUCGUGAUAGUAAAAUGACCAGAAUCCUCCAAGACUCCUUGGGAGGAAACUGCAGAACCACUAUUGUCAUUUGUUGUUCACCAUCAUCUUAUAACGAAUCAGAGACAAAGUCUACACUUCUAUUUGGACAAAGAGCGAAGACCAUCAAGAAUACAGUAUGUGUUAAUGUGGAGCUCACUGCUGAGCAGUGGAAGAAGAAAUAUGAGAGAGAAAAAGAGAAAACAAAGACUUUGCGGAAUAUGGUGCAGUGGCUUGAGAAUGAGCUGGCUCGCUGGCGUAAAGGUGAAAAUGUACCAGUUGAGGAGCAGUUUGAUAAGGAAAAGGCCAAUCUGGAUGCAUUUGUAGUGGACAAUGUGGUAGCAAACGACAAGCCUGCUGUCACCCUUGCUGCUAAUUUUACGGAUGCUGAGAGGAGGAAAUGUGAAGAUGAAGUUGCUAAACUGUACAAACAACUGGAUGACAAGGAUGAAGAGAUCAACCAGCAGAGUCAACUGGUCGAAAAACUAAAACAGCAAAUGUUGGAUCAAGAAGAGCUGUUGGCUUCCACAAGACGAGACCAGGAUAAUAUGCAAGCAGAGUUAAAUCGUCUGCAGGCUGAAAAUGAUGCAUCCAAAGAGGAAGUGAAAGAAGUGCUUCAAGCCUUGGAAGAACUGGCUGUCAAUUAUGAUCAGAAAUCACAGGAAGUGGAGGACAAGGCGAAGGAGUAUGAGAUUCUGAGCGAAGAGCUCAGCCAGAAAUCGGUAAUUUUGUCCAGUUUAGACUCAGAGCUCCAGAAGCUGAAAGAGAUGACUAACCAUCAGAAAAAAAGGGCUACGGAGAUGAUGACCUCUUUACUGAAGGAUCUGGCAGAGAUUGGCAUAGCAGUGGGAAACAAUGACUCAAAGCAACCUGAAGUGAGUGGCAUGAUCGACGAGGAGUUCACAGUUGCCAGGCUGUACAUUAGUAAGAUGAAAUCUGAAGUGAAGACCAUGGUGAAACGCUGCAAACAGCUGGAAGGCACCCAGACUGAGAGCAACAAGAAGAUGGAAGAGAACGAGAAGGAACUUGCUGCAUGCCAGCUUCGUAUCUCUCAGCAUGAAGCAAAGAUCAAGUCACUGACAGAAUAUGUGCAGAACCUGGAGCAGAAGAAGAGGCAAAUGGAGGAGUCCGUGGAUUCUUUAAAUGAGGAGCUUGUCAAGCUUCGGGCACAGGAAAAAGUUCAUGAAAUGGAGAAGGAGCACUUGAAUAAAGUACAGACAGCAAAUGAAGUUAAGCACGCUGUGGAACAGCAGAUUCAAAGUCAUCGGGAAACUCAUCACAAGCAGCUGAGCAGCCUGAGGGAUGAGAUUGAUACAAAGGAGAAGAUUAUCACUGACCUCCAAGACCAAAACCAGAAGAUGAUCCUUGAGCAAGAACGACUGCGGGUAGAGCAUGAAAAAUUAAAAUGUGCAGAUCAGGAGAAAAGCAAGAAGUUGCAUGAUCUCACGGUUAUGCAGGACAGAAGGGAGCAAGCACGUCAGGAUCUGAAGGGACUUGAAGAGACAGUGGCUAAGGAGCUCCAGACCUUGCAUAAUCUCAGAAAGCUAUUUGUUCAGGAUUUGACAACUAGAGUGAAAAAGAGUGCGGAAAUGGACUCGGAUGAUACUGGGGGGAGCGCUGCACAGAAACAGAAGAUCUCCUUUCUGGAAAAUAACCUUGAGCAGCUAACCAAGGUCCAUAAACAGCUGGUACGCGAUAAUGCAGACCUGCGUUGUGAGCUUCCAAAGCUGGAAAAACGGCUUAGAGCUACAGCUGAACGAGUUAAAGCCUUGGAGUCUGCGCUAAAAGAAGCCAAAGAAAAUGCAUCUCGUGAUAGGAAGCGGUAUCAACAAGAGGUGGAUCGCAUUAAAGAAGCCGUUAGAUCCAAGAAUAUGGCAAGAAGGGGACAUUCUGCACAGAUUGCUAAACCAAUCCGUCCCGGUCAGCACCCAGCUGCCUCACCAACGCACCCAAAUGCAAUUCGCGGCGGAACUGUGUUCCCUCAGAAUAAUCAGCCUAUGCCUAUCCGUGGAGGAAGUGUUAAGCAAGACAAAAUCUGCUGAAGUCUCACCGACGCAUCGAUGGCAUUGAGAACAGUCAAGUGGUGAUCACUACUGGGGUUCACUUAACUUUGGGGAUUGUAGGAUUGUUUUUGAAAUUGUAAUUUAUAUCUGGCCUGUACAGCUCUUCCUUUCUCCCAAUUUUAUUUUUAUUUUUUUUGCAUUUAUUAUUUUUUUUCUCUAUUUGCAGCAAAACUUAGAGUGCAAUUUUGAUGUAUUUUGAAAUGACAUGUAAUUUAAUGGCUCCAUCUAUUGCACAGUUUGGUCUCCAUGUCUUAAAUAUAGUCUGCACUGUGCCAAGUCUGAAUGUACGUUACUGGUCGGGUAGAACCUAGUUACGUUUCUGUAAAUCUUCGUCAUAGGGACAUGGAGCAAAUUAACGGUUUAAUACACUUCCAGGUUAACCUUUUACAAUACAUUACGAGUCUACUGUGUCAUUAUACAGGGGCGGUAGACUCGUGACUUUAAUAUCAGCGCUACAAUAAAAUACUGUAGAUUGUACAGCGUCUAGCUACUAAAGUGUGCUUUACUAUACCGGUCGCUGGCCUGAAAUCUAUACUACCAAAUACUCUUAAGAUUUCAGGAUACUCGCGGCCGCUCUAUUAUUCUGUGGUGGAAGAUCUGCUGCCGUGUGGUUGUCGUUUUAAAUAAUGUAUAGGAACAAGACGCAGGAGGAAAACUUUUAUAUCCAAGACUGUUCAGAGACUGUCCUGUUCAUGAGCGUUACUGUGUGAAAACGUUCUGCUUUAUCCUAUUAAUAAAUGUGUAUGGGAUCAGCGAUACCUAUCCAUGUAUAACGGC